UAAAAAAUAAAAUCCAAAAAUGGAAAACUUACCCAAAUUCACAAUUUUGACAAUUUUUGUAUUAAUUGCAAAAAAUUUCCCCUGUGUUUUGUGUGAAAAUAAAAAUGACAAUUGUGGAGGAACAUUUUCGGGUUAUCAAUAUUCGAUAAUCAGUCCGAAUUAUCCGGGUAAUUAUCCGGCGAAUUUGAAUUGUACGUAUUAUUUACGUGGAAUGAGACAGGCGCGUUGCGAGCAGGAAUUUCAUUUGCAAUUUCUCGACUUGAAUAUUCGAGCAACGGAAAAAUGUGAAAAUGAUUUUUUACAAAUUGGCGAGUCGAAUAUUUAUUGUGGAAGAAGCGCGGCAAUGCGUGUAUUCAAAGGAAUGAAUAAUGUGUUGAAAAUCCAUUUUCACUCUGGAAAGGAAAUUGGGACAAAGGGAUUUCGAAUAUUAGUGACAACAUUGCCUUGUGUCAAUACACAGAACAAGAAUAAUACUGGAUAUCACCCUGAAAUUGGAACACGACAAGUAACGCAAACUGAAAAUGUCGAAAAAUCAAUCAAUUCCUUUCAUCAGGAAAAAAUGGAUAAAACUUUAAUUGACAAACAUUUCAAAUCACUCUCAAAUCAUAAACAAGAAACUGUGGAAACUCUCUCGCCAAUUUAUCCAUCAAAAAUAAAAUUUCCCGAUGAUAAUAAUAAUUCUGACAGAAAAAAUUUCUCUCGAUCAUUAUUGGACUCGUCGACAUAUCUUUUUCUACCACCCACGGAAAAUUCGCCCCGAAAUUUCACAUAUUCUCAAUAUUUAACUCCGGAAAGAAAUUUUUCAUUGCCAAUAUUUUCCUCGAUUCCGUUUCGUGUUGAAAAAAGUGGGAACAAAUUGUCUAGUAAAUUGAAAAAUUUCUCUUCAAAUGGAAUUUAUGGUUUGAGUAUUGAAAGUAGAAAUGAAGUUGGUUAUGGUAUCGGUUCAGGGACAACUUUAAAAUCGGAAAUUACUGUAGAAAAUACGGAUUUGAAUUUUGACAGUAAUCACAAGCCGGGAAUUUCUGACAAUAAUUUCGGACCGGGAAUUAAUUACAAGCCGGGAGUUUCUGACAAUAAUUUCGGGCCGGGAAUUUCUGAGGAUAAUUUCGGUCAUGGAAUUAAUUACAAGCCGGGAGUUUCUGACAAUAAUUUCGGGCCGGGAAUUUCUGAGGAUAAUUUCGGUCAUGGAAUUAAUUAUAAGCCGGGAGUUUCUGACAAUAAUUUCGGACACAAAACGAAUUACAACAAGCCGGGAAUUUCUGUAAAUAAUUUCGGACAUGAAACGAAUUACAAUCCGGGAGUUUCUGGAAAUAAUUGCGGACACGAAACUAAUUACAAGCCGGGAGUUUCUGGAAAUAAUUUCGGACACGGAUAUGCCUUCAAACCGAAUUUAGACCCGAAUCCAGCGAACGAUGUUUCGGUAAAUUUUGAAAAUAGUUUCGGAACUGGUUCCAAUUUUGCCCCCAAUGGAGUGGGAACAACUUUAGAUACAAAUUUUGGAUUUUUUGACAAUGGAAAUAUCAAUUCUGUUAAUGUUAAUUCGCUCUCGGGUUCGGGAAUCAGUGCCCCACACUUUUCGAAUUUAGAUCCGAAUUUAAAUUCGGAAAAUAUUAUUCCGAAGGUUGGUUUUGAAUCGACAAAUUCGUUCGUUGGUUAUCUUGGACCUGACAUUAGUUCUUCGGGAAUUUUUCCAGGACUGCCGAAUUACCCCAGUUGGUCGAGACCAGUGUCCGAAUGUUGCGGACCAAAAGCUCCAUCGCCGAGAACUUUUAUUUCGAGUCCAGGUUUUCCGAAAAAUACUUUCUCGUCCAAUUCGUUUGAAUGUGGUUACACAAUACGUAAAUUAUCAUUUACCAGUUGUCGUUUGAGACUAAAUUUUAAAUUCUUUAAUUUCGGGAAUGAGGAUCCAUUCUGUAGAGACGGUUCUUUGAUAAUUGGUGGAAAAAAAUUUUGCGGUUGUAAAACUGGUUUGAGUCUCGUGUUUCCUUUCGAUAAUCUCCAGGCGCUUUUAAUUAAUGUUCGUUAUAAUGGUUUUCCAAAAUCGAAAUUCAGUGGGUUUUUGAUUGAAUUAAUUCAGGAGGUGUGUGAUUAUCCCUUCAUUCAAAAUCGUCAAGGUUCGAAUUACAAAUUUGGAGAGGAAUUGAAAACUAUCCAAUUGGAAAAUAAUGGCAAUGAAUUGGAAGAUUCUAAAGAAUUGUUGGGGAAUUUUUCGAGGACAAAUUCGAGAGGCGAUUACUUUUAUUCGGGACAAAAUGACAAUUUUGGAAAUUUUAAUCUUCAACAUCAGUCGACAGUUGGUCAGAAUGAGAAAUUAUUUUUGAAUUCAUGUGAGAAUCGAGCUUUUCUUGAUUGGAUUGUCGCGGCAAGAGAUGCAUUUUUCACGGGUGCUAAAUGUUAUGAUUUGGGAAAUUCGGGAAAAUUGUUGAAUUUUGUUCAUGGAAAAAGCAUUUGGAAUGGAGUCCAGGGAAAUUGUGAAGAAAUCACGGCUGUUCAGGGAGUAAUUACUUCGCCUUUCUAUCCGAAUCAGUAUCCAAAUAAUUUACGAAAAUGCUACAGAUUUUACCGAGCACCUGGCUUCUGUCGAUUGGAAGUUUCAUUUCUAGAUUUUUAUUUAGAACCAAGCUUUGGAUGUGCCAAGGAUAAUUUAAUGUUCAGCGGGCAAAAUAAACGUUAUUGUGGUAGUUCUUUACUUGGAACGACAACUUUUUUCGAUCUUUCACAAUCAAGAGUAGCAGAUAUUUAUUUCGUCACCGAUGCAAUUGGAAGUGGAAAAGGAUUUAGCAUUGAUUUUGUACAAAGACAUUGUUAAUUGUCUAUUAAAAAUAGUUUAGUAAAAAAGAAAUCUUUUUUGAAAUUUAUUUUAUUUUUUUACUUAUUUAAAAAAUUAAAAAGUACUUUCAUUAAAAACAUUUUUAUUUAAAUAAAGAAUUUGUUUAUCAAUUCGGGUUUUGAGGAAAAUUGUUUAUUUAUUUUUUUAAAUUAUCUUUUAUAAGAUACUUAUACACAGAUUUUUGUAACAUUGAUUGAUAUUAUUUGUACAUGAUAAAUUUUCUUCUUAAAACUAUUUAUACAAU